AAAACUGGCUGAUAUGAAUGUUGAUGAUGCUGGAGGACCAAUAGAUAUCGCAAAUUCAAAAAAGAAUGCAUCAAAGACUUUGAAAAAAAAUGACAAAAAGAAGAAAAUACCUGCUAAGUCAACAAUAAUAGAAGAUAAACUAAAGAACCAAGACCCAGAAUUCUAUGAAUUUCUAAAGAAUGAAGAUCAGAGUUUACUAAACUUUGAUGAAAGUGAUGAUGAUUUGGAAGAGGAAGAUUACAGUCCUAGUGAUGAGUCAUCAGAUGAUGAAAAUCAAACAACUAAAACUGUAUCUGUGAAGGGUAUGAAAGGAAAAGUAGUGGUAGGAAAGAAGAAAGGCACACAGGAAGAAGACCUGGAUGAUAUCUUGUCUACAAGUGAAGAUGAGGAUGAUGAAGAGGGAUCUGAUGCUGAAACAGGUGGAAAAUUCCAUAAACUUCCAUCAAAACUAGAGGUUGACAGUGAUGAAGAUGAAGUUGAUGAAAAUGAAGAAGAAGAAGAAGUUCCAGAGUCAAAGAAGGGAAAGAUGAAAGGCAUACUUGUGACCAGUAAGAUGAUCUCACACUGGAGCAGAGCACUACAGGAGAAACCAUCCUCUAGUCUGAUAAAGGAUGUUGUCUGUGCAUUCAAAGCUGCUGUCAAGCAGGCUGGUCAUGAAACAGAGGUUAAUAAGUACAGGAUAGAGGGCAGCACUGUAUUUAAUGGUAUUGUGAGACUGUGUCUAGCUCACAUGUCACCUGCACUCCAUAAAGUGGCCGGUGUUCCUCAGACUACUGACCUACAGAAGCCAGUUAUACCCAAUCAACAGAGCAAGAAAUGGAAGGCUGUUAAACUGGAUGUUAAGACUUACCUGUCUCACCUGUUACAUUUGCUGGGUGAGAUGUCAGAAUCCGCCAUGUUAAAUGUCAUCCUGAAGCACAUACACAGACUAGUGGCCUUCUACUCAGUCUUCCCGAAGCUUACCAAACUUAUGAUGAAGAAAAUGAUCUCUCUGUGGAGUAAGGGAGAGGAGACCACACGUGUGUUGGCCUUCUUAUGCCUAAACAAACUGGUACUCAUCUCACAGAAAACACUGCUGGAACCUUGUAUGAAGCAAAUGUACAUGUCGUAUGUGAAGAAUACAAAGUUCACCUCUCCGACCACCAUUCCUUUGAUCAACUUUAUGCAGAUGUCCAUGGUAGAGAUCUUUGCUGUUGACCCUGUACAGGCGUAUCAGCACGCAUUCAUCUACAUCAGACAGCUAGCCAUUCAUCUUAGAAAUGCCAUCACAGUCAAAAAGAAGGAGAAUUGUCAAGCGGUGUACAACUGGCAGUUUGUUCGAUGUCUGGAGUUCUGGGUUCGAUUACUUAGUAGCAGUCAUCCCAGUGAGGCACUGAGACCCCUGAUUUAUCCUCUCACACAAACCGUUAUAGGAACCAUUAAACUGAUACCCACAGCUCGAUACUAUCCUCUGAGAUUUCAUCUGAUUCGAGCCUUGAACCGACUCUCUCAGGCUACCGACACUUUCAUACCAGUUCUACCUCUGGUUUUAGAGGUUUUGGAACAAACUGACUUUAAUAAGAGACACAAGACAGUGAGCUUAAAACCAUUCAACUUUGCUUGUAUGCUUAAAUUCUCAAAGGCACAACUACAAGAGAAAGCAUUCAAGGAUGGCCUGAUUGACCAGUUAUAUGAGAUCCUAUUGGAUCAGUUACACAUCCAUGCCAGCUCUAUCGGUUUUCCUGAACUAGUUCUCCCUGGGAUAAUUCAGCUAAGAGAUUUCAUGAAGAAAUGUAAGAUAGCAAACUACUGUAAGCAGAUCAAGCAAAUUGUUGAAAAAGUGGACGAAAACAUCAGAUUUAUCAACAACAGACGAAAGUCCACUAACAUACAACUGUCAGAUACAAAGGCUGUGGAAGCAUGGGGGAGAGAAUGCAAAGAGGCUGGGACUCCCCUGGGUAAAUUUUACAGCAACUGGAGGAAACUACGCGACAGAGAACUGCAGCACCAGAUAGCUCAGAAAGACCUGAUUGUUGGAGUGGAUGAGAUGCCUAGAAUAGAGAGAGAUAGAGGCCCAGUCAAGGCAUCAGAAGAGGAUAAGAAGGAAUUCAGUGCGUUGUUUGAUGAGGAAUCUGAUAGUGACGAUGAGACCAGGUUCCUUCCAAAAAAUGAAAGACCUGCUAAAAAACAAAAGACAAGUCAUGGAGACAGUUCAGACGAUAGCCAGGACUACAGUGACUUUGACAGUGAUGAGCUUGAAAUACUAGCCAGAUCAGGGGAUGAAGACUCAGAUGAAGAUGGUGAAGAAGAUGCUGAAGUUGCUGAUGAGGUAGAUGAUGUUGAUGAUGAGGAAGAUGAUGUUGAGAUUAAUGAUGAAGAUGAAGGAAGUGAAGAGGAUGAAGGCGGAAUACAAAGUAGUAGUGAUGAACAAGAUGACAUUGAUGAAAAAGAAGAUAUUGUUCAGAACUUUGAGCUAUCAGAUUCUGAUUGACAGUAUAAAGACUAUUUUAAAUAAAAGGAUGGGAUUUUCA